AUGGCGGGGAACGCAAGUUAUGUGAAACAGCUGCUGUCCACGGCGCGGAUGUACCGCCGGCCGGAUAUGCUGCACGACAUUGUGUGCGAAGUGCGCGACGCGGAGACGACAACCAGCAGGUUCUCUGCGGAACUGCGCGUGUUGUGCGCUGAAGUUGCGGUCGAGCUCAAACAGUGGUCAGCCGCUGCGGAGCUGCUAAAAGGGCUCGGGGCCGCGCAGGAAACGCGACUGCUUGCAGUGCGGCGCGCCUUCUGCGAGGUGCUCGUGUCGCUUCACCACGUAGACGAGAAUACCUCCUUGACCGAGGACGAAAAAGUGCAGGAGUACGUGGUCGGCGCGGCGAGCGCGCUACAGGCGUUGGCGGAGGCGGUCGAGGUGUGGCCUGACAGCCUCGACGCUGUUCUUACGGGCAUUCGCACGCUGUGGCUCAUUGUCAGUCCUCUCCUUUCCGCAGGCCACGAGGCGGACGUGUGCGACCCCGUCGCCUUCCUCGCCACCCUGCAUCAGCAGCUCCACAUUGGUGGCGGGUACACGCUGGUGCAGUGGCUGGUGCGGGCAGCGUUGUGCCUCCGUGCGGCAGAGCGGCACAACGACGCAUUGACUCGCUUCUCGGCCGCCCUUGAGGCGGCCGCGCUCAUGGGCAACCAGCGUCUCUUUGUGCAGGUGCUGCGCCUGGCUGCCGGCGUCAUCUUCGUGAAGGAGAAGGCGAAUGUCUCCUCAAAGACGCGCUCGGACUUGCUGCCAAGCUACCGGAGCCGCCCCGUGCACUUUGCUGUUCUUCUUACAUAUCUCGUGCUUGGAGGGUUGCUGGAGGUGGAGGCGUGCAAGGAGGACUUGCAAAGCGCUUACCAUACCCUCAGUGACGUCGCCGACGUGGUCCAGCCGCCACCAGACACCGGCGCAGCGGUAUCACGGGGAAGGAAGAAGCAGGCGACGGUAAAGUUGCCUUCUGCAAUACGACUCGUCGACACCUUUGCUGUGACUGAGUCCGAUGUCAUCGAUGAAGUGAAGAGCGACCUGCUCCUGUGCAUCAGUCUGCAUGGAACCCUGUCCCCCGAGCAGGUGGAGGAGCUCGAGCAAAAACGCAGCAGCUCGAAUCAUCGCGUGCGCAGCUUCGCGACCUUCGCGCUUGUCGUGCGAGAGUCACACCGCCACGGUCUCCGCUGCCUUGGCAAGUGCGCCGAUGCCUCCUCCAUCUCCGCGGCGCACAGAGUCGAACUCCGCACCCUUGCCAGCGAGCUGGUCGAUGUACUCAAGAACACGAACACUAUACAUGACGAGAGCGAGCGGCAGCACACGUUGCGCAUUGGGGCAUCCCUCCUGUGGAACCUGGUGCUUCCUUUUCUGCAGACCAGCACGUUUGGCGACGCACAGGCGGCGCUGGCGGCAGUCGCUGACGUGAGUCAGACCUUCAUGCCUGCGCUGAGGAAGCUCUUCCUCCAGGUGGCGACCCAGCAGUGCCACACAGCCUUCGAGGAGGAUAAUCGCAGUGUGCUUCAUCAGCUACUACCGCUGCUUCAGCGGGAGUGCCAGCGCGGAGAGGUCGAUGGAGCGGCACCCGCGUGGUUGUUCCGGCUUCAAUGGCUCCACCAUCAGAUGGCGAUCCGAGAGGAACCCGAGAGCAGCCUAACCUCCCAGCAGGACCGCUGCCUAUUCGCCAUUGAGCAAUGCCGGGGUAUCGCCAACCCACUGAAGCGCAUUCCAGUGAUCAAGACUGCUUUUCGGCAGUUGCCGUCGAUUGUCCAAGAGAGUGAUGCGGAGACAGCUGCGGCGGAAGCAACCGAGCCGCAGAAGGGCACGCCCACCCGCGGCGCCCUUUCCACUCGUCGCUCGACGGUCCAGCUGUACCGAGAGCUCUUAGAGCUGUGCAUGCAGGACCUGAGUGCCUCCUUGUUCGCUGUGGCGAUGGCGGUGGCCGAGGCGCUGCGGGGCCUCCCUUGCCCCCUGCCUGGCGCCUGCGACGCAGACAUCGAAGAGGUACGAGCCGCCGCCUCUCUGCACGCCGCCACGAUACUGGCGCGGCGGAUAGAGGAGGCGGAGCCGCAUGGGGCACAGAAGGACACGCGGUCGGUCAGCGUCGCAGACCCCAGGAGUGCCGCUACCGAGGAGAGUGAGAACCGCUUGGCGGCUCUGCUGAUCGAGGCAGCUCAACGCGGAGCGGAGGUGGAGAGCCGGUGUAGCGGCAGCGGGGGCUGGAUUGCCGCAAAUGCGUGUGUGAUGUUUCUAAACUGGAAGAAACCCGCCUACGAACGUGGUGAAUACCGCGCCCACCUCCUCGAGCUGCUUGACUUACAGAAGCUUUACACUGCUCUUUAUGAGCAUGACCAGGUGCAGGAUGUGGAGCUGCUGUCCGACCUCACGACGUCGUCUGUGCUCGGGCUCGUGGCCGAGUACCUUGAUACCUCAAACCCUCCGGCAGGGACAGGGACGUCUCCGCUGGCGAAGCAGAUGUGCAGGGACGGCUUCGCCGCACACGUGCGGCGCCUGCGCACGUGCGCGAAAUGCGAACCCUCCAGCGUGCAGCUUCGUCGUGCACAUGCCAUGUGCCUCGAGGCUCUGCAAAUCAUCCCCGGCGUGAAGCCGAAGUGGUUCCUUGCCAUGCUGUCCUCUGCCCUGGCGCGGCUUGUCGGUGACAAGCCGAGGUACUCGCCGCACCCACAGGAGCAGCUUUUCAUUCUUCUCGGCACACUUGCCGGGCCGUCGGUGAUGUCUGAGAAAGUUGCACUUCUCAUCAACGACGCCCGCCCACUGCUGCGCAAGGACCCGUGCGUCCGUCUCUGUGCAUGGGUCGCCGCUGUGGCGAUGCAACUGGGACAGGAGGAAGUGGCACUGGAGUGUUGCGAGAUGGCUGAUCGACUCUACGCCAGCAAUCGGCUGGGCUGGGGCUCCUUGUUUGAGCUGCAGUCGACGUUCUCCUCCGGCGGAGGUGCUUUGACGGGGCCCAGUAAGACGCCAGACAGCGGCAGUCACAAGAAGGUGUCAGUGGAGCCGGCAUUUGUGCAGGUCGACGUGCAGUCCACGUUCCCAAAACCGGACGCGGAGGACUGGGAAGCGUAUGCGCAGCUGCUCUCCAUCAAGGCACAGGUUGGCGUCCAGCACCUGCAUGGCCUCAACAGCGUGGCUCGAAACCGCGCCGUGCAGCUUCUUUUGAAAAACUGCGUGAACGCGGCUAUCGCAGCGGCGCAGGGCCCAACCGCGUCCAAGGUGGAGCACAUCACGAACGCAUAUACUCUAUACUACACCUUUCUCCGGACCACUCGCAUUUCGCUGGAGACGGCGACAUUUGUGCUGCCGAGUUUGCGGAUGCUGCUGUCGAAGGUGCUGCUGGGGCAGCUCCCAAAGCGCAGCUGGAGCGACUCGUUCACGGAGGUGGUGUAUCAGCUCAGUUGCGUCCUCGUGCACGUGUCGUUGUCGAGUGAGCAGGAGGACGAUGCCCGCCAACUAGUGGCGACGCUGCGCCACCUGCGCGAGUUGCUACCUCCGCGCUACCAAAAGCCCCUCAAGGAUCGGGAAGUGACCGAGGUGUGUUACCGCAAUCCGUCCGUCGACGACUUUCUUCAGAGGUCCAAAAACAUGGAGGCGGAGCUGCAGGCACGCGGAUGGAUGAUCGUGGCCGUGGCAAAUAAUGACAGCAGUGUCGAAACAGAGACGUUCGCGCUGGCGCUGGCCGCCGCGCAAGGCGGGUCCCUUGCCACAGCGCAGUGCCUAUUCGAGAUUGCGUAUGUGACAAGCUUUCGGAGGGGAGACUCGACUCCGCUGGCACUGGUGACUCGCCACCUGCAAGAGGCCCUGCGCAUACUCGAAGGGCUCCCUGAGACGGCGCCACUUCUGCAAAGCCUCGAGGAGACGGACCGCUGGCACGCCACCCUGGCCGACGCGUCACUCACUGCCACGUUUCUGCGUUCGCAGGCACCGCGCCGCUUUCCGCACAACGGCGACGCUGCCAGCGGGGCGGCCGAAGCAGCAGGCGGCGAGCGACAGGCCGCGCCGCUGAAGGCACUCGUGAAGGCGCACUCCACAAAAGUCACAGGUGUCACCUUCCAUCACGCAUUUCUGGGGCUGCGUAUCAUCUCGCUGCUCUUCAGGGCGACGCCGACCCACGAUGUUGUCAAAGUCGGAGCAGCGUCGGUCAAGACAGCGAAGUACGCCACAACCCCUGCAUCGCGCCGCGACUGCGCGAACGUCAUGCUCGAUUACGUCUCGUGUCUGUGGCACCUCAGCGCAAAAUGGCUGUGCGAUGGCGCCACGGAUGAAGACACAGUAGUGCUAAAGCUGCCGACCGACAAAUCCCUUUAUUACAGUUACGCGGAGCCGUCGGCGGCUGCGCAACGGCUGCGCCGCUGUGUCCCGGACGAAGAGUUCAAGUUGAACACCGAAGGGCUCUGGCAAUGCUUGCUGGAUCUGGGGGACUACCUCGCACGCACCGGCGAUGAGCCGUACGCGUUCAUGGUGUACUCGUGGGUGCGGUUUUCUGUCGCUCUCGCCUUCGGCGACGCCAGGGGCGACUCGCGCUGCGGUCUUGCUCACCGUCUCUGCAACUGGAAAAUGUGCGCGACAGCCGCCUCGAGCGGCCUCAGCGAUGCCCCAUACGUGGCAGCGCUUACCCGGCUGGCCGAUGCUAGGUCCCUUGUCGAGGAGGCAGUGAAGCGGGACGUCGAGGGCAAGUGCGUGUCGCCGUCAUGGGAGGCGGCGAUGGUGGUCGGCGAGUGUGAGGUUCGUAUUCACCUCGGCCAAACAGAGCAGGCCGCCACACUCGCCGAAGAUGUGCUGUGUCAGGGACUGGAGUGCGCAAGCUGGAAUACGGCGGCCACCCGAGCACGGGCUCUCCGCGUCCGCGCACGUCACGAGGCAAUCCGCUUGCGCUAUGGUGAUGCUCUGCGCACCCUCCAGCAGGCGUUUCACUUGAUUGGCGCCGCCACACCUUCCUCCGCCUCAUCCGUCAUCUCGGUCCGUCUCUGGACCGAGCUAUGCAGCGAUCGACUUGCUGUGCUGAUUGAUUCCCAGUCCACCGCCGAAGCUGUUCAGUGGGCUGGUAUGGUGCGCCAGCGGCUGCACCAGUGGCGCGCGGCGGCCUCGGCCAGCGCAAUGCAGGUCGAUACCACCCAUACCGCAUGCGUGCGAGCGGAUGUCGAGGACGGUCUAGAGUUGUGGAUCAACCGUCUCGCUUCCACAGUAACGUCCCAGCUUCCAGUCGAUGCGCUAUCGUACCAAGCUGGUUCCUCUGCCCCUGCGCAACGCUGGCCUCACACAGAGGAGCUGCUGCAUGAGCUUCUCCUUGUCGCAGAGGGCUCCACUACGCUGCACAGCUGUCUGUACACCACCCAUGCAAAGUGGCAUGUGCGGGAUCGCGUGACGCCACAGUGGUUGGCAGAGCACAGUGCCAAUGUAGAUGAGGUACGGACGCGGUUGUUGGUGCUGCUGGCAGAGAUGAGGGUGUUGGAUGAACUGUCGCUUCGCCUGCAGACGGCGCCUGCAUCUAGCAAGGUCGGAGUGGGCUCGCCUGGUCAAGUCGAGGUCGCCGCCGCCACAGCCACUAGCAUGUCCUUCUGGCUUGGUGCUCUCGUCUACUGGACUGCCGUUGACCGCCUCGAAGCGAGCGUACUUGCAUCAUGCCUCCUCGUCGCCUUUCGACGUCUGUCUAUGGAGGAUCUGCAGCUGCCAACUUCGAGUGCGCCGGCCCACUUCGAGAGGGAGGUGCUACGGUUCAUCCGCGGCGCGACGUCGUCGUCGUCCGCCGCCACAGUCGACAGCGCACCCCAUGCGGUGGAGCAGGCGGUCAUGGUCGGUGCGCGCUGGCAGAGCGACGUUGCGCGUGAAACAGACGAGCUCCAGCAAGCGCUGCAGCACUACAACGUGACCGAUGCACGUGCCCCGUCCAUGACGGAUGUGUCUGCUGUGCCUGCUCUGCUGGAAAAGGCUGCGGUACAUUGCCGCCAGUGGCCGCACACCCGUCUAGCAGCGGCGAUCAUGUUGGCUGUGGCGCAGGUAGAAGUGCUUCAACGCAUCGAGAAUCAGCUGGAACAGUGCGACCACCUUGUUGGCGAGGAGCUACAGACGCAAACGCACGCGCUGCUCACGACGGCGUGGAGUCGCGCGCGACUGAUCCCGGCACACAUCGAGAAGCCCGGCAACCACAUGCGCAAGGGUAUGCCGGCAGGGAAGCAGCGCACUCUCAGCGAGCCUAGCGCGUCUGCGUCGGUGCGCCCGCUUCCAAAAGAGGAGGAGGCACUUGUGCAGCGUAUCUCUCUCGGUAUUGAGGUGGCGGUCCAUCACGGGCACCUCGACGUCGCCGCGGACCUGAGCGAAGCGCUUAGCCAUCUUGCGGUUCUUUUGGAUCGGCCUCACAUCGCCGCCGCAGCGGCGGAGCAAGCACAGGCGAACCAGCUGGUGGGGCAUCUCUGGCGUAGUUGCGUGCACGAGAUGACGGACAGUGCGGAGGGAUGGCUGUGGCGGCAGAUGCUGGCAGUGCAGCCGCUCUUCACGAACUGCACGUUGUACACGCAGCUGGCCGACCAGGCUCUGACGGCGACGCCCAUGGAGCGCGGCUUGCGCAGCUGCCGUCUGCUGUGCGUGGAGCCAGAGGAGGAGGUGGCAGCGGUCACGUCGAUGGGGCCUGGGAAAGGAGGUCAUGCAACGGAGGUGUCACCGUAUGCCAUCGAUGGCGCUGUGUUGUCGGUCGCCAUGGGCAACUGCCGGACUGGCUUUUGCAUCGUCACGCUGCGCCACCCCGACGGCGCUGUGGAGGGACGCCGCAGACACGUGCCGGAGCAAAUGUGGGUCACACUAGCCGCCACGCUGCAGCGAACCGAGACUCAAAAGCAAGAGCAGCUGGCCGGUACCGAGGAUGUGCGUAUCGACGGUGCCGAAGAGCGCGUAACGGCAGCGGACCUCUCGAGCACGCUGGCGGAGCUGAACACCGUGGCAGUCGAGCUGUUUGGGGAGUUUCAGGCAUCCUUGCAGCAGUACUGUGAGAAGACCCCGCUUUACCUGUGUCUCGCGCCUCAGCUGCAGCCCUUUCCAUGGGAGCAGACGAACGUGCUGAGUUGCUGCCCUGUCGUGCUGCGCGAGUUGGGAGCUGCGGCGGUGGUAUCGAAGACCGGCGAGCUUCAACGGUCUGGCAAGCGCACCUUGCAGCACCCGCCGAGAACGGCUGGGCCUAGCUCCACGAAAGGCUCCUCUGCGGGGCCUCUCGUGUGUCUCAUCGACCUGUUUGGUGAUCAUCGCGAGUCGGUCCCCGCCACAUGUGGCACAGAGCAGAGCAAGUCAAAGGUGUCCCCGCAGUGUCUUCUAACGUGCAGCUCGGCCGGGGUUCCGCCAGAUGCCGUGUACUUGACGUGGAUGCUUCGGAACACCGCCCCUGGCGCGCUCAUCGUGAACAUGUGCGGGAAUUUGACUGAUGCUUUGCCAUGGUCCUACUUUGCCUCCCUCCGCUUUUCGCAACUGCACAGUGUCGUACUCGCCGAUGGCGCAUUCAACGCGAGCUCGCAGAAGCGUGAGGAGCAGCUUCGCUUGUUGGCCUCGACGACACGGAUAGGCAAGGCCGGCAGCCCGUCGUCGUACCCACGAUGGAUGACGGCGACGCUCUUCCUCUUGCGAGGGGCCACGUUUGUGGCCGCCAACACGCUUCCAUGCAGCCCAUGUGUGACCGACGCACUGGCCCGCCGCUGCCUGUCCUCGGCCUCCUCUGGAAAAGCGCUGGUGGAGCAGCUGCGAGGAAAGACGAAGGACAUCAAGAUACCGUUUGUGACACUGUACGGCGUUCCCGGCGGCGGGUUUUCUAAAGCAAAGGCGUAG